AUGGAGGAUCCCUAUGAAACGCAUAGGAGUAAUGUCAUGGGAACGUUGAAUAUUUUAGAAGCGAUUAGGAAGUUUCGAAAUCAAGUGACAGGUGCAGUCAUUGCUUCAAGUGACAAGGCUUACGGGCACUCAACAAAGCUUCCUUAUACAGAAAAUCAUCCACUAAGAGGACUUUAUCCCUAUGAUGCAUCGAAAGCUUGCACAGAUAUUCUAGCUCAAAGUUUUGCCCAAUCUUAUCGUCUUCCAAUUGGAGUGUUGAGGUGUGCUAAUCUCUAUGGACCCCAUGACUUUCAUGUUUCGCGUUUAAUUCCAGGAACGAUUCUUUCUUAUCUUCGGGAUGAACAACCUGUUAUUAGAAGUGAUGGCAGUUACCGAAGGGAUUAUCUCUAUAUCGAUGAUGCUGUGGAUGCUUACUUAAAAUUUAUGGAUUCUAUCGAGAAAAAACAAAAGAAGGUCAUCGCUUUAAACAUCGGAACAGACCGGGCUUACUCUGUUCAAGAGGUGGUAAGGCUAAUUGCAGAGUUGAUGAAUAAACCCUUUAAACCUACACUCUUAAAUAACUGUAAAGGUGAAAUCCACUCUCAGUUCUUAAAUUCUAUGCAAGCCAAGCAUUCCAUUAACUGGUGUGCUAAGACGAUUUUAGAAGAGGGGUUAAUGAAGACGAUUGAGAGUUAUCAACAGACGGAAAAAGUUAGCGCAUGCGUAUAUUAG